AUGUGCAAGGCUAUACUACUCGCUCUGGCUUUACUUGCCACUACUCCGGUUUACACGCAGGAUGGAUGGUUUAAUUCUGGAUGGUUGUACAAUCUGACACAGCAAAUUGAGAAAAAUUUCAAAAAUGCGUUCCAAAAUGCUGGAGCAAGUAUAUCCACAGAAAAUGGAACUACAACAGUCACAGCAAAGAUUGGUGGAAAGCAAUAUACAGCCACAUUCCCUGAAGCAACCAAAAUAUUUACCUCCUCUUCAACUAUCGAUAUCAAUGGGCAAAAGUCGGAGUCAUUCAGACUAACUGUCAACGAUGAAACGUACAUUUAUAAUACAGUGAAUGGCACUACAACUGUCACCAAUGGCAAGGGAGAGCCCAUCAGUGGAGGAGGUCCAUUUCACAUUGGCUCACGCUAA